AUGAACGAAGACGAACGAGAAGCAUACUCGUACGAUCCGUUCACCCCAUCAUCAGAGUCGCAAGAAUCUUACACUUCUCUCUCACUCCUCGCGCAUACUCUCCUCCGCCAGAUCCAGUGCGCCCGAUGCUUACGCCCCCUCCGCACACCCCUCCGCUUGCCAUGCGGGAAUACACUAUGCCGGGAGUGUCUACCACCUGUUCAGCCGCGAGUUGGAAUCACAUAUCCUGCUGGUGAGGGUCGGAAGUAUCGGUUCAAGUGUCCGUGGGAGAAGGACGAGUCGUGUGUGGGGGAACAUUGUGUGGCGGAUUGUGGGGUGGAUGUGUUGUUGACGAGGUUGGUGGAGGUUGUUGAGGAGGUUCUUGCGGGGGAUAUACAUGGUAGUGGAUAUGGAGAAGAUAAGAGCUUGGAGAUGAGUUGGGCAGAUCCCAAUGAUUUGGUAGAAACGUGGAAAACGGCGUGUUUGGAGGGUGGAGCCCUACGGGGUGUUUACCGGAUGAUCAAAGAGGGACGACUCGACUAUGAUGCGUCAGAUGUGGUUUACGAUAGGAAGGAUGGCAUGGAACAGACAUCAGUUGACACAGUUCUACUCACGCGACUAAAGCAGGUUAUCCGCGAUGAGCUCGACUGCCAGGUCUGCUACUCGCUCAUCUCAGACCCCCUAACGACCCCCUGCGGCCAUACAUUCUGUCGCAAAUGCGUUGAGCUAGUCUUGAACCAUUCCGACCUAUGUCCCGUUUGUCGACGAAAGCUCAACAUGCCCUCAACUAUCCAAUCUGAGCCCAUUAACAGUCCUGUCGCGGGACUAAUGCAAUGUCUAUUCCCAGACCAAGUUUCCGCGCGUCGAGAAUCCCUCGCCCAAGACGAAGCAAGUCUAGACAACGAACGAAUGACCCCCCUCUUCGUGAGCUCAAUAGCGUUCCCAACAAUGCCAAUCUUCCUACACAUCUUCGAGCCUCGAUAUCGGAUCAUGAUCCGCCGCAUCAUGGCAAGUCGAGAACGCAAGUUCGGUAUGGUUGCGUACAACCGUGCCCGGCGACGGCAGGGGGGACUGGGAAGGACACAGUUUAUGCAACAUGGCACUUUAAUGCUGGUUGACCGGUUUGAAAUGCUUCCUGAUGGGAGGAGUCUUGUGAUUGCGACAGGGGUUUCCCGGUUCAAGGUUACCAAGGCGGAUAUGCUGGAUGGGUACCAUGUUGGGCAGGUUGAGCGGUUGGAUGAUGUUCCCAUCACAGUGGAGGAGAGUAAUGAAGCUGCAGAGACUGCUGUUUUUGCGGAGACAUUGACAGAGUCUCAGGAGCCCUCGGAGCCCCAGGAAGAGACGCAAAAACCCCUUGAAUCCAUGUCGACGCAGCAGUUAUUCGAUCUGGCGUUGGAUUUUGUCCGCACGCAACACCGCAUUGGAGCACCGUGGUUGCAUCCCCGGGCUCUAAUGGCGUAUGGAAACGAACCAACCGAUCCGUCCCGGUUCCCUUGGUGGUUGGCGAGUAUCCUUCGUGUUUCCGACGAAGAAAAAUACCGUCUCUUAUGCGCAACAAGUGUGCGGGAACGAUUAAAGAUCAGCGCACGGUGGGUCAAGAAGCUUGAAUCUAGAGAACGAUCAAACCGCCCAUUAAUUAUGUCUAUCUUGUGA